AUGCAGGAACAUCUCCAGCAGGAUCAGCCUUUGCAUCAACCCAUUGCAGAAGCCAUUUUCGUCUCCUCUCAUUCUCACGAGGUUCUGCGACCCAAAAUCCAGAGCAUUCGCAAGCACGCUGCAGAGCUUGGUCGUGACCCACAGUCGAUCAAGUUCUUCGGCACGUUCACCCCCAUCGUGGGUAGAACCGACGAGGAAGCGUGGGAAAAGUACGAGGAGCUCAAGAGAUACGCAUCUGUGAUUGGUGGUCUGGAUUUAUUCAGUGGAUGGACGGGAUUGACAUCUCCAAGAUCCCACUGGAACAAGAGAUCACGGCCGCCGAUUCCCUAG